GUUGCCAUUCAUGACACGGAUAAGUAAGCGUGCAGCUGCAGCUGUGCUCCGGAGGUGCAGCAGCGCGCGCGCUUACCGUCCACACGAGCCUCACAGAGAACCUGUGAUUUGAUAUUUUUUUCCUCUUUCCACUUUAGACGUCGGAUUUAGGUGGAUUGUUUUGUUUUUCUCUCCCCCUGCUGGGUGACUCGCGGUCAGAUCGAGCAGAAAAAGGCAGCGUUGCGCUUUUCAUCGCGCAGCGCUUCGUACGUGGGACAACCUUCAAACGUCAUCUGGACUCUCCAUGAGAAGAGACACAAAGGAUGAGCGCCGAUCUGACCAUGGCAGCUGCUUUAUCGGCGGAGGAAGAGCAGGCAACCAAGCAGUUUCUAGAGGAAAUCAACAAAUGGACAACUCAGCAUGGAGUGUCACCGCUAUCCAGGGAAUUGGCAGUCAAAUUCCUCAUGGCUCGCAAGUUUGAUGUCCUCCGAGCCAUUGAGCUGUUCCACAGCUACAGGGAAACGCGUCUUAAAGAAGGAAUUGUCCGACUUCAGCCGCAGGAGGAACCUCUGCGCUCUGAGCUGCUCAGUGGAAAGUUCACUGUGUUGAGUGUACGGGACCCUUCGGGCGCCUCCAUUGCCUUGUACACCGCCAAGCUUCAUCACCCCAACAAGACGGGGAACCACGUGGUCCUUCAGGCCCUUUUCUACCUCCUGGAUCGGGCAGUGGAGAGCUUUGAGACUCAAAGAAAUGGCCUGGUUUUCAUCUAUGACAUGGCAGGCUCCAACUACACGAACUUUGAGCUGGACCUGAGCAAAAAGAUCCUCAACUUGCUUAAGGGGGCGUUCCCCGCCAGGCUGAAGAAGGUGUUGAUUGUUGGGGCACCUGUUUGGUUCAGAGUGCCCUAUAAUCUGCUCAGCCUGCUCCUCAAGGAGAAACUGAGGGAGAGGGUUCAGAUGGUAAAAAUGGCCGAGCUGCGCCAGCACCUCCCCAGAGAUUGUCUCCCCCAGCACCUCGGGGGCCUGCUGCCUCUGGAGACAUACAGCUGGAACCAGCAGUUACUGGCUGUCCAGAAUGGCCGGGUUGACCCUGUGGAUGAACUGGUGGGCAUUCCCUUUGAUGACACAUCCGUUCACGUCCCUGGACCCGAGUCCAUGCGCCCCCAAGAACUGCUGACGCUCCUGGGCAGGCUUCAGCGCUCUGGGAUCCAUCAUGAGUAUGAGGAGCUCCGCAGAGAACCCCUGCCUGGAACCUUCCACUGCGCACAAGCAGUGUACAAUCAGGACAGAAAUCGGUAUGGAGAUGUGCUGUGCCUUGAUCAGACAAGAGUUCGUUUGAAACCCAGAAGGAACGAGAGAUCAGACUACAUCAACGCAAGCUUCAUGGAUGGCUAUAAACAGAAGAAUGCAUACAUUGGUACUCAAGGACCAUUAGAAAAGACUUAUGGUGAUUUCUGGAGAAUGGUCUGGGACCAAAAUGUGCUUGUUGUUGUCAUGACAACCAGAACAGAUGAAGGCAGCCGCAGAAAGUGUGGACAGUAUUGGCCUCUGGAGGAAGGAGGGCAGGAAGUCUAUGGCCAUAUAGCCGUGGUGAACCAAAGGGUGGACCACCACACCCAUUACAACCACACCACUCUUGAACUGCACAACACUGAGACCUGUGAACAGAGACAAGUGAGUCAUUUCCAGUACCUAAGCUGGCCGGAUUACGGCGUUCCCACCUCAGCAGUGACCCUCAUCGACUUCUUGGGAGCUGUGAAGAGACAGCAGAAGAAGAUGGUGAAGACAUUGGGACAAAAGUGGACAGGACACCCACUGGGACCUCCCAUUGUGGUUCACUGCAGUGCAGGGAUUGGGAGAACAGGUACCUUCUGCGCCUUGGACAUCUGUCUGUCCCAGUUACAAGAUGUGGGCUCACUAAACGUGUGCCAGACAGUACGUCGUAUGAGAACACAGAGAGCCUUCAGCAUUCAAACGCCAGACCAAUACUACUUCUGCUACAAUGCCAUUUUGGAGCAUGCCCAAAGGCAGGGCCUGCUCCCAGCCAAUCCGUGAGAUUCUGCCUAGACGGUGGUAACCAAUACAAGCGUCGCAAGAUUUCUGCAGUCAAUCCCUUAUCCCCAAGAUGUGUUGUGUGACCAAUUAGUGAACCCAGGAAACAUUCGUCUUCACAUAAGCUGUCUUUGGAAACUAGGUCAUUCUUCAUUGGUGAGCCAGAGUACUGAAAGUAAUGUGAUGUUCUGAUUUUGUUGAAACAUACAUGUUUGUGUGAGUCGACCAACGGCUUUAGUGUUUAUGCAGUUCUGUGUUCAGUGGGGUAAGAGAUGGGAGGAAUACUUAUUAAGCCUUCUUUAUUUCCAGUAUUUGCCACUUUAUUGGAAGACGAGCAGUUCACUCCAAUUUAAUUCAGUCAUUAUCCACUUGUUUAUUUCACAGUAACCAUUGAAUUUGAAUUAAUUUGCAAUUUAUCCAGUUUUUUUUUUUUUUGCCAAUACUAAAGUUAACAGGAUCACUAAGAGAUGUUUCAGUGACUGUUCAGUCUUGUUUGAAG